AUGAAGAAGAAUGACGAACAUCAGUUCAAGCGCUUUCUCGAGCUUCUAAAGCAGCUGCACAUCAACAUUCCACUCAUAGAAGCUUUGGAGCAGAUGCUAACAUAUGUGAAGUUUUUGAAUGACAUUUUGACGAAAAAGAGAAAAGUCAGUGAGAAAGAAGUAAUAGCACUAACGCAGGAAUGCAACGCGUUAGUAAGUAACAAGCUACCACAGAAGCAGAAGGGCCCAAGGAGCUUCACAGUUCCUUGUUCAAUUGGAGAAUUAGAUAUGGGUCAUGCGUUGUGCGACCUAGGAGCGAGCAUCAAUCUCAUGCCCCUUUCAGUUUUUAAGAAAUGGAGGAUUGGCGAGGCACAACCUACUUCUGUCACCCUUCAACUCGCUGACAGAACAAUUAAGUACCCGGAAGGGAAGAUUGAAGAUGUUUUGGUGAAGGUUGACAAUCUCGUAUUCCCAGCAGACUUCGUUAUUCUGGAUUAUGAAGCAGAUAGAGAGGUUCUAAUCAUCCUUGGACGCCUUUUCUUGGCUACUGGGAAAGUUCUGAUUGACGUGCAUAAAGGUGAGCUAACCAUGCGCGUGGAUAAUGAAUAG